AUGGAUAAUGUCUUUAAGCUUCAUUGUUGCCCAACUUCAGUAACAAGUGACAGGGACCCGAUUUUUGUCAGACAAUUCUGGAAGGACUUCAUGGCUGACCAAGGGAUUCAAGUUCAGCUUUCUACUGCUUACCAUCCUCAUACAGAUGGGCAGACAAAGGUAAUGAACAGGUGUAUUGAGACAUAUCUGAGGUUAUCACAAUUGGGAGAGUGCAUAACAAGGAGCAAUGCCAAAUUAGCUCCAAAAUACUAUGGACCUUAUGCUAUAAUCGACAAGAUUGGAUCGAUCGCCUACAAGAUCCAAUUACCAGUUGGAUCACUCAUCCACGAUGUUUUUCAUCUAUCCCAGUUGAAGAAGUUUGUAGGAGAAGCUAACACAUCAACUCACUGCCCAAGGAAUGAUGAAGAAACAAGAAUCAAGGAGCCAGAGGCAAUCAUAGAAAGGAUGACAGUCAAGAGAAGAAACAAGGUUGUUACUAAGGUACUUGUCAAAUGGAAGCAUCUUCUGCCAGAGGAUGCAACUUGGGAAUUCUUCUUUGAUUUGAAGAAGAAGUUUCCUAACUUUAAUCCUAGAGGAAAAGGAUUAGCUUAA